CAGGGAGACAUUCGCCAGCUCAGCCCAUCUUGGCUCGCCGUCGGGUCAGCGCGCAUGGCGGACGCUGUCCCCGAUGCUGCGGCAGCCUCCGCGCAGGGCUGCUGGUACGACCGACCAGGCAGGGCUACCGACGGCGUCGUCGUUUGCGGCCGCUUGCGCCUGAGGGUGUGCGAGCGGCCCAGCGCGGCCGUGGGGACCGGGGGCGACAUGUGGCCCGCCAGCCGCGCACUGCUGCACCUCCUCUGCGACAGCGGCCGUUUCCCAGGAGAGGCGCCCCUCGCUGGCCAGCGGGUGGCGGAGCUCGGGGCCGGCGUGGGGCUGCCCGGCAUGGCCUGCGCGCUGCUGGGCGCGGAGGUGGUGCUGACGGACGAGGAGAGCCAGAGGAACGCAACCCUGGACCUCCGCCUGCCCUCGCUGCCAGGCCAUGCACGCACCCCCUGCGGAGCAGUGGCUCCCGUCCCUCGGCCCUGGCCCUGCCUCCCCCCUCGCGAGCCAGGAGAAGGUCUUGGGCGUCACCCGCGAGAACAUCCUGGUGAACUUCGGGGAGGACCCCGAGGACCCCGACUUCGGCGGCCGCGGGGCGUCGCUGGCGCCUCGGCCGCGGGCGGCCGGUGCAGCGCGGCCGCGCUGAGCUGGGGCGAGGACGUGUCCCGCCUGGGGCCGCCGUUCAGCCACCCGUUCGACUGGGUCCUCGGCGCGGACAUCUUGUACCUGCCGGAGCUGUUCCCCGCCCUCGUGGGUUCGCUGGAUGCGCUGGCCGGGCGAACGGGCCGGGUGCUGCUAGCCUGGGAGCGGCGCAGCGCCUCGGAGGCGCGAUUCUUGGAGUUGGCGCGGGAACGCUUCCCCCACGUCGAGGACGCGUUCGAGGGCCUGGGGGAGGGGGCGCGAGCGGAGUUCUGCAACGUCAGCCUGGUGGUCCUCAGCCGCGCGGAGCUUGGGCCUUCGGAGGCGGCGGGCGCCAGAA